AUGGCCCUCCCUCCUAAAGUAUAUCAGUGGCUCGUCGGCGUGUUCGCCUCGCUUGGCUCGUUGACAUAUGGCUACGAUCUCGGUGUCAUCGCCCAAGUCAUCGCCGCUCCAUCCUUCCUGGACCGCGUCGGCGACAACCCUGCUGAAAUCGGAGGCAUCGUGUCUAUCUUCACGGGUGGCGCCUUCUUUGGUGCCCUGGCUGCUGCCCCGAUGGCCGACAGACUUGGUCGUAAGCUUUGCAUCCUCGUUGGUGCCGUCGUCUUCAUAAUCGGGGGCCUGUUGCAGACAUUAGCGAAAAACACUGCGUAUAUGAUGGCCGGCCGUGGGAUCGGUGGCCUUGGAAUCGGAGCCAUGGUUAUGAUCAUUCCCGUUUAUCAGGCCGAACUUGCACAUCCAAGUAUUAGAGGCACUGUCACUGCGCUUCAACAAUUCAUGUUGGGCGUCGGUGCGCUCUUCGCCGCCUGGUUCUCCUAUGCCAUGACUGUCGGCGUCUCUGAUGAUAACGAGAACCAGUGGAGGGUAUCCCUUGGAUUGCAAAACAUCCCAGCUGGCGUCCUCGCCCUCUUGAUCAUGCUUUUCCCAGAGUCACCCCGAUGGCUUAUUGAUCACGGAAAGGCCGAGGAUGGCCUCAAGACUCUUGCCAAGCUCCACUCCAAUGGAAAUGUCAACGAUGCCUGGGUCCAAGCCGAAUUUGCUCAGAUUCAGGAAUCCAUUAGCGUCGAACACGAGGUUCAGGCAAAGUCCUACAUGGAACUUUUCCGCGAUAAGUCUUGCCUGCGACGUCUCUGGAUUGCCUGUUCGGUCCAGGCCUCUAUUCAGAUGACUGGCGUGGCAGCUAUACAAUAUUACAGUGUGGCUAUCUACAGCAAGAUGGGCAUCUCGACAAACAACACCCUUAUGUACCAAGCCAUCUCCAACAUCUUGGCUCUGUGCGCGCAGGGUCUCUGUAUGGUUUUGGUAGAUCGGCUUGGCCGUCGCUGGCCCCUCAUCUUGGGCAAUAUUGGCAACUGCGUUACUUUUAUCGUUUCCACCGCCCUCCUGGCGUCUUUCCCACCUGAUGAGAGCGGCAGAAAUAAGGCAGCGAGCUGGGCAUUCAUCGUCAUGACUUGGAUUUAUAAUUUCUCCUUCAGCGCCACGUGUGGUCCCUUGUCAUGGAUUAUUCCUGCAGAGAUAUUCGACAUGAAGACCAGGGCCAAAGGUGUCAGUAUUGCGACGGCCGUCAAUCUUGCAUUCAACGCAAUGAUUGCACAGACGACGUCAGUGGCCCUGGACGAUAAUACCGGCAUCGGAUGGAGAUGGUAUAUUCUAUUCAUCGUGUGCAACGCUACCAACGCCAUAUACUUCUGGUGUGUGCUCCCCGAAACCGCUCGUCGUCCUCUUGAAGAGAUGCGCUAUCUGUUCACGGAAGCGCCAUACUUUGUUCCAACCAUGAACCCUUCGCAAGCUUACUCCAAUGACAUGGAGCUGCGACUGGAACAGGCUGAGAGGAAGCAAGGUGGUGCCGCUGACUUAGAAGUCGAGGAUGCUCAGAGCUGUGUUUGA